AAAAUCUGUUUUAUGGAAAUACUCGACAUAAUCUACAUGCUUUAUACAGAUAUGUUAAGAGGUUAGAUGAAGGGGAUCCUGUCCCACAGUGAGAGUUGCGCUGCUGGGAUGGAUUCGGAGUUGCUGAUUGGCUGGAAGGAUGAGCGGGCAGAGCUGAGGGCCGAGUUGUCACGGUUGCAGGAUGAGCUGGCGGAGAGCUGUGCGGAGAGGGAGGAGCUUCGGUCCCGGGCCCAGGCUCUGACUGACAGGCUGGCUCAGUCUCUGGACCCGUCCCUGUCGCUGCGUCUGGAUGCGGGUGAGCAACGGGACUGGCGGAGGAAGCUGAGAGAGGGCCGGGAGCGUGAGGCCAGGCAGGCGCAGCUCAUCCACAAACUGCAGAGCAAGGUGCUGGAGUACAGGGAACGAUGCCAGGGCCUGGAGCAGCAGCUGAUAAGCGAGGAGAGAGAACUGCAAAAAAGAGAGAAGAGGAUCAGGGAGCAGCACAGCACCUCCCUCGAGAGUGCCCUCAUCAGGUUGGAAGAGGAACAGCAGAGAAGCGUUGGAAUGACAGAACUGAACGCUCUCCUGCGCAGCCAACUGAAGCAAUCAGGGGAGGCAAAUGAAGCCCUGAGGGAGGACCUGGGGAAGCUGACAGCUGAUUGGGCCAGAGCAGUAGAGGAGGCGGGGCAGAGGGAAAAUGAGUGGCAGAAGGAGAAGGAGCUCCUGACCAGUCACAUCGGACGAGAGCACACGCGUCUGAUGUCACUCUGGGGGGGAGUGGUCACACUCAGACGCCAGCACCACACCAUGAGGACAGCCACUGACAGGGACUUAUGGGAGCUCAGGGCGGAGUUCUCUCGCCUCUCCUCCACGCUGCUCUCCAGCUGCAGCUCUUUGGGCUCGGCCCACACCUCCGGUCUCGGGAUGAGCCACGCCCCCGACCUUGCGGCCUCCUCCUCCGUCUCGUCCCACCCCCACUCCCCGACGCCGGGGCCCCUCUCUCUGCGGGACCUGGAGCGCGACCUGAGGGAGAAGGAGCGAGAGUUCGUGGAGCUCAAGGUCCAGCACAACGCCGAGAACCAGGAACUCCUCAACAGGAUCUCUGAGCUGUCCAUCUCCCUGCAGGCCCAGGAGAGGGAGAGGAAGAGGCAGGAAGAGGAGAGAGAGAGGGAGCGAGAGAGGGAGGUGGAGAGGGAGAGGGAGAGGGAGAAAGACUGGGAGAGGCACAGGGAGACGGAGAGAGACCUGCAGUCGGUCCGGCAGGCUCUCCUCAAUCUGGCCAGGGUGCUAAGCUCUCAUCGGCUGGAUGGACGGACCAGCUCUCCUCUGUCAGUGGCUGACCUGUCGAGCGACGGGCUUGCUUCUGUGCUUACCAUCAUUGCCCAGGCUGAGACUGCCCUCCAGUGUCGACACGAGGAACUGCAGGAAGCACUGGUCAGAAUGGAGAGGAUGGAAGAGGAGAGAGAGUCUCUGGAGCAGCAAAUCAGGGUGCUGGAAAAGGAUGGGGUGGAGCUUCAGGAGUGGGCACUACAAGGAAGGCAGGAACUGAGACACGCCCAAGAAAUGCUGCAGAGCGAGAAGGAGAUGGUGGUCUCCCUGACGACCCAGCUGGACGAGGCCGAGCGGCUCGGCGAGGAGCUGAGGAAGGAGAGCGAGCGCCUGAGACGCCAGCGGGAGUGGGAGGCGGAGGAGAGGAGGGAGCUGGAGAGGGAGAGGCAGAGACGGCUGCAGGCCGAGCUCGAGGAGAGCGUCCACCUCAGCGAGAGGGAGGCGCGGAGCCGCCAGGAGCUGCACAGCCUCCAGGGGGCGCUGGAGAGGGAGCAGCUCGAGCGGGAGCGGGCGGAGGAGGAGGCUGCUGACGCCAAGGAUGCUCUGCUCAAGGCCCGGGAGUCGAUGCUCGCUCUGUCCUCCAGUCAGACCCAGCUGAGGCGGGAGCUGGCGGAGAGGCAGGACUCCCUGGAGAAGAUGGCCGCCCUGAACGAGGCGCUGGCGGCCGACAAGAGGGAGCUCAACGCCCGCACCCUGCAGCUGGAGACAGAGCUGGCUGGUGCCCUGUCCCGCCUGCAGGCGAUGGGGUCAGAGGUCACCACUCUUCACAGGGAGCUGAAGAUGGCGUCCCAGGAAGUAACGGAAUUAAGGGCCCAGAGGAGCGCCGAACUGGACUCGCUGCAGAGGAUGGGCGACAGGGAGAAGGAUCUGGAGAGAGAGCUGGAAACCCUGAAAAAAGAGAGUGAGAGGAAGAUCAGCCAGCUGCUGAUGGAGAGAGAGAAGGAUGCGCAGAGAUUCGAGGAGGUAGGCGCAGAGUGCCGAUGGCCCUGUCUCUGCGCUGUAACCGCGCGGGUGUGUGUCUGCGCGUCUGCCUCGCAGCUGUCGGGCCUGCACGGCGCGGUCUGUGGGGAGCUGCGCGGGGCUCAGGCCGAGCUCUGCCGGGCGGUGGAGCAGCAGAAGCGGGCGGAGAGAGAGAGGGACGACCUGCUGAGGGAGGGGGAGCGGCUGGAGGGGGGAGUGCGGGCGCUGGAGAGAGAGAGGGAGGAGCUGCAGACAGACCGCGACCAGCUCAGGUCCCUGACCGCGUCUCUGCAGCAGCAGCUGUCCCAGCUGCAGGAGCAGGGCUCGGGGCUGGAGGUGCACAGGAGCCAGCUGGAGGUUCAGGUGCACACGCUGCAGCAGACCAAGGAUGUGCUGCAAGGUGAGAUACACUGCCUGAGGGAGGAGCUGGAGAGACAGACAGCCCAGAGAGAGCUGGAGAGAGAGGAGGAGCGGCAGGAGUGGGAGAGGAGGCGCCGGGAGGUCGAGGGCAGCCAGGCGGAGGCGGAGAGGCUGCAGGCGGAGCUGAGCCAGGCGGCGGAGGAGCGCCGGGCGUGGCAAGAGGAGAGGGACGGCUGGCAGAGGGAGAGGGAGGCCCUGAGCUCGGAGCUGGGGCAGAGAGACGGGGAGGUGGAGGCUCUGAGGAGCAAGGCGGAGGGCUUGCUGAGGGAGAAGGAGGAGGUGUCCGAGCUGCUGGGACGGAAGGUCACGGAGGUGGAGGCGCUCCAAAGCCAGCUCGGGGUGGAGCAGAGGAGGCAGGAGCAGAAGCUGAGGGAGGCCCGGGGAGAAGCUGAGAGAUGGAGGGAGAGAGCAGGGAAGGAGGAGAAGGAGAGGGAGGUGCUGAGCCUGAGGCUGGCGGAGAGAGAGAGGAGGGAGAGUGAAGGAGCGAGAGCGAUGGAGAGGGAGAGGGAGAGGGCCGCGGAGCUGCUGAAAAGCAAGGAGGCGGAACUGAGGUGGAGGGAAGAGGAAGUGGAGAAGCUGGAGGCCAGAGUGCAGGUCCUGGAACGAGAGAGGGAGAGGCUGGAAGCGGAGGCGGAGGCGAACGAGGGAUUGCUGGGCAGAGUGGCCGGGCUAGAGGAGCUGAACUCACAGCUGAGGGAGAGGGAGAGAGAGAAGAGGGAGGAAGAGGAGGCGAGGAGGAAGAAGAGAGAGGCGGAGGAAAGGGAACGAGAGGAGGCCCUGAGAGGAGAGCUGGGUCAGAAGAAGGCAGAGAUUAAACAGCUGAGAGCCAGCGUGAGGGAGAUGGAGAAGGAGAGGGAGACAGCGAGGAGGAGGACGGGGGAGAUCCAAGCGAGCUUGGACAGUCAGACAAGGCUCCUGAGAGAGAGCGAGGAGGAGGUGCAGAGACUGAGGGAAACGGCAAGGAGGGAGGAAGAGGAGGCCAGCGCCAGGCUUCAGCAGGGAGAGGAAGAGCUGCAGAGCCUGAGAGAGAGACUGAUGGAGCUGGAGAUAUCGGAGCAGGAGCUCACUGGCCAGCUCAGCGAGACGGAGUCCAUCUUGGAGAGAGAGCGGGCUUUACGGAGAGAGAGGGAGGAGGAGCUGCAGGCUGCACUGCGGGAGGUGGGAGCGGCCAGUGGGGAGCGGGACAGGGAGAGGGAGCGGGCGCGGGAAGCAGAGGCGAAGCACCAAAACCUGGAGGAGACCGUGGAGAAGUGGAGGCAGCUGGCGGAGGAGAGGGGGAAGGAGGUGGAGGACUUUAAGGCCAGAGCGGAGGAGGGGGCAGGGGAGAGGGCGGGGCUGAAGGACUCCCUGCGCAAGGGGGAGGAGAAGCGGGAGGCGCUGGCGUCCCGGCUGAGGGAGGAGCAGGCGGAGGGGGAGAGGCUGAGGGCCAGGCUGGAGGAGCUGCAGCGAGGACAGCGCACUCUGCUGGAGGAGAAGAGCGGGAGGGUGCGGGAGCUGGAGGAGGAGCUGAGGAGCAGGGAGCGGGAGCUGGGGGCCCUGAGGGACGAGGCAGAGCAGGAGAGGAGGGAGAAGGAGAAGGCCAGCUCCUCCCUGAGGUGGAGGGAGGAUGAGCUGAGGCAGGCCAGGGAGAGGAGGGAGGCGCUGGCGGACCAGCUGGCCGCCCUGAGGGAGGAGGCGGUGGAGCUCACCAGGGGGCGGGACCGAGCCAAGGCGGAGGUCAGGGAGAGGGAGGUGGAGAACCAGAAGAUGCGGGAGGGGCUGAAGGCGGGAGUGCAGGAGAUGGCCAUCCUGAAGGAGCUGCUGGAGGAGAGCCACCGUGAGGGGGAGAGGCUCAGGAGCCUCCUGCAGGAGAAGAAGGAGGAGCUGAUGAGGGGGAGGGACGAGAGACUGCAGGCGGCGCGGGCGGAGGUGGAGGAGAUGUGCAGCAGGGCUAGAGCGCUGGAACGAGACAAGCAGGAGCUGGAAGCGGAGCUGCGACUCAGGGAGGCGGAGCUGCAGAGGGGCAGGCAGGCCUGGGAGGAGGGGCUCAGGGAGAGGGACAGGGCGGAGAAGAGACGGGCGGAGGCCGAGGAAGGCCUGAGGGCCGUGCUGGGGGAGAGGGAGGCCGAGCUGACGCGGGUGAGAGCGAGGGCGGACGUGCUGGAGGAGCAGAGGACGGAGCUCAGCUCCGCCGCGGCCGAGAGAGACCAGGAGGUGGCAGCACUGAGCAGGAGUGUGAGGGAGGUGGAGCGUGAGCUGGAGAGAGUCAGGAAAGAGAGGGCCGAGGAGCUGGAGAAGUGGGGGGAGAGGAUGGAGGAGCUUCGAAAGCAGGGGGAGGAGAGGGUGCAGAAUGAGAGGGAGAAGGGCAGAGACGAAGGGGCACAGCUGAAGAGAGAGAGCGAGAGGCUGAAGCGGGCCGUGGAGGAGAGGGAGAGGCAGGUGGAGCUGGUCACAGAAGUGCUGAAGGAGAGGGAGAAAGAGGUGGAGGAGAUGAGGGAGAGGGUAGAGGAGGGUGAAAGAAGAAUGGAGAGAUUGAAAGAGGCGAAGGAGGAGAGUGAGAGACAAGUGGACCUUGCCACAGAAACGCUGAGAGAGAGGGAGAAAGAGGUGGAGGAGAUGAUGGAGAGGGUGGAGGAGGGUGAAAGAAGAAUGGAGAGAUUGAAAGAGUCAGAGGAGGAGAGUGAGAGGCAAGUGGGCCUGGUCACAGAAAUGCUGAGAAAGAGGGAGAAGGAGAUGGAGGAGAUGAGGGAGAGGAGAACAAAGGAAAGAGCUGAGAGGGAGAGGUUGCAGAGAGAGCUGGAGGAGAGGACGAAGGAUACCGCAGAGCUGACAGACAGGCUGAAACAGCUGGAGGACGAACUGGAGAAAAAGAAGAGAAGAGAGGUAGAGGAGGGGGGUGGAGAUGGACCCAGUCUCAGAGCAGCAGAGAGGAGGCGAGAGGAGGAAGAGAAGAGGAGAAAAGACCAGGCUGAGAAGACUGCGGCGUUGGAGGUGCUGCAGAAAGCUCUGAGAAGGGUGGAAGGCGAGAAGGGGAGGUUGGUGGAGGAGCUGAGAGAGAGGGGGGAGGAGGUUAAGAAGUGGAGGAGAACAGCAGAGACCUUGGAAGGGGAGGUGAAGAGGUACAGGCCUGAGACUGGAAGGGAGAAGGAGGGGGGUGACGUCCCAGAGGAGGAGGUGGAGGAGGAGGGAAGUUUGGGAAGGCUGAGGGCGCGGGUCUCCACCCUCCUCCUGGAGAAGGAGGAGAGGGAGAGCCUGCUGAGAGAGAGGGAGGCGGAGGUGUACGCGCUGAAGAGGAGAGCGGACGAUCUCGGCAGGGACAGGGAGCGGGUCAGAGCGGCCCUGGAGAAGACCGAGGCGGCGCUGAUCCAGUAUCAGGAGAGAGCCAGGAAUCUGGAGCAGAACAGGAGGCCGGCACCAGGCACGGCUGCAGCCCCCACGCCACCUCAGGUGCAGAGCGGAGAGGGUCCAGAAGGGGGCGCCGUGGUGCAGGAGCGCCUGUUGGCCAUGCAGAGGGCAGUUGCACAGCUGGAGUUUGAGCAGAAGCAGCUGCAGGCGAGAAACGCACAGCUCGAGCAGCGCGUCGCUAGGCUGAGGUCUGAGAGAGGGCAGCUGAGGGAGACAGUGAAACAGUUGGAGCAGGAGAGAAUGAAGUUGCGUCAUCAGCUGUCACAGUCAGACUCAGCCACCAGGGAAGGCUCCAGAAUUCAGGGAGAGUCUGGGCUCUUAGAUGAAGAUGAGGAAAAGCUGAAGCUUCUGCGGGCACGGGUGAUCGAGUUGGAAGAACAGGUGCACCAUCUCAGGUUAACGUUGGCAGCGGAUCACAAGGAAAGGGCAAAGUUCAUCGAGGAGUCCUCAAGGAACAACCAAUGGCUGCUCUCCCUGCGGCAGGACCUGAGCGAUUCUUUGGCAGUGGUCUCACAGAAGCCCCUCCCUUCUGUGCUGGAGGCUGAGACGCAGCGAUUGGACAGGAGUCUGAGGGAGGAGGAGCUUCGGUUAUCUCUCAGCAAGUCUUAAACUGCCGUGAGGGUGCACUGUAUUUGUUGUUCAUAUUUCAGCAUUUGCACUCAUUGUUGGUUUUAUUGAAGAUAAACACAAUCCAUCCAUGACAAUCCAUUUAAAAUAUUAUUAACUGCCAUUUAAGUUGCCUAAGAUAUGAGAACAGGGAUAUUGAGAGUUUGUAAGUGUUACUGAAGUUAUGUUGAAGUACUCUGGGUUAGCAGGGUAAAUGUUAUUGAUAGGAAGC